CGGAAGACACCAGUUUCACUCUAGGAGAAAUGAUACUUUGAAGUCAUCGGCGAAGUUUCACUAUGACGAACUGCUCAACUAAAGAAGUGGACACUUUAACGCAGAAGCUGGACUUGGUCAUUUACGUGCCCGUCUUGGUGUUCGGCUUGGCAUUAAACAUUGCAGCACUGGUGGUGUUCUGUCGGCUGCUCAGAAAAUGGACAGAGUCCUCCAUCUACAUGACCAACCUGGCCCUAAUGGACCUGCUGUUGCUGCUGCAGUUGCCCUUCAAAAUGCACGCAGCACACCACAAGUGGGCAGAAGACAAGGAACUCUUUUGCUCCUUCCUGGAAAGUCUUUACUUUGUAGCUAUGUACGGUAGCAUCUACACAAUUGUGUGCAUAGCCGUAGACCGAUACAUCGCAAUAAACCACCCGUUUCGAGCCAAGCAGGUGCGUUCGAAAAAAAAAGCCUUGAAUGUUUGCAUUUUCAUCUGGGUGUUCGUUAUGGCAGCGACUUCACCCAUCUACACCUUCCGGGGAGAGGAAAAGGGGAAUUUCACCUGUUUCCAUCGCUUCUCUCAGAAGGGUUGGAGCAUUGCAAUAAUUGUGUGCCUGGAGGUCUUUGGUUUCCUGUUGCCUGCCGCAGUACUGGUGGCUUGUUCCAUUCAGAGCGUCCGUACUCUCAAAGCCUCAAAGAACAGUGACCACAAGAGGCAAGCUGGUGUGAGAAUCAUCUACAGCAGCCUAGCGGCCUUCCUAGUGCCCUUCACCCCCUGUCACGUGGCCAUAUUCCUGCAGUAUCUUGUCCGUAAUGGAUUUAUUUCAGACUGCAAACAGCAAAAGAACAUUUCCCUUUUUAUACAGGUGUCAAUAAACAUUGCAAAUGUGACCUGCUGCUUGGAUGCACUGUGUUACUAUUUCAUCGCAAAGGAAGUCCGAUCCACCAAGGACUCGCUUAGACUGUCCAUCAACAGAGCAAGAACCACCAGCACCUCAGAUGUUUGAGAAGUCGAAUUCAGUUUAUUAGACUUUCACAAACUUUCCAGUGGAAGUAAAGUUGUGGUCACACUAGUGAAAUUUUAACGUUGAAAAAAGUCUAUUGUCAACAGAGUAGCGACGUGUGAAGCACAGGUAAAAAAAAAAAAAAAAAAACAGCUUUCUGUUGGUCAAUUCCGCAAAUUCACAUACUUGAGCCCGCUGCAAAAUCUUUCACCCUGACACGAAAUUAAAAUUAGUGUGGAUUCCUAUAGUGAAAUAACUGGAUUUCACCCAUGAAAAUAUACCAAACUGUAAAUGCGAAAAGACUUCAAGAAAACAUUUUGGACUGAUUUCAAAGGUUCUUGAGGUUAAUGCAUGAUUUAAUGGACAAAUUAUUACUUCUUUCAUUCAAGUUUAAGGCACAUUUCACCCAAAAAUGAAAAUGCUGUCAUCAUUUGG